CCUCCAACCUUACCAGCAUAAUCGGAAUCUCUCUCCCCCUCCCUCCCUCCAGCCGGCAUACCGUAUCACACCGUCUUCUUUCCUUACUGGGAUUCAGUCGUGCGAAGUAAAGAUGCAGGAAGACAAAAGGAUGAGGGUGAAGAAAGGUUGGCUUGCAGUUCAGGUGGGUUUGGCCGACGAAGAUGGCGUCCCUCAGAGAUUCGUCAUCCCUAUUUCUUAUCUCCGUCAUCCUCUCGUCGUCAGCCUUCUCGACAGAGCUUACGAGCUUUACGGCUACCACACCGACGGCCCCCUCCGCCUUCCCUGCUCCGUCGACGACUUCCUUCAUCUCCGCUGGCGAAUCGAGAAAGAGUCCCCCCACAACCACCACCACCACUCUCAUCAUCAUCAUCACCAUCACCACCACCACCACGUCCUCCCUCACGCUUUGUCUUUCCACUCUUGUUGAUUCCUGCUUCUUUUGAGUUCUUUCUCUUUCUUCUUGUUUAUAAUUAACCCCCAAUAUAUGCUCUUCCCUUCAAUUUCCCUCCUCUUUUUUUUUUUUUUUUGAGUCCUGUAUUUUAGGAAGGCAAUUUUAGAGCCGUGAUUGGCGCUCUCUGCUUCAAAACCAACUCACAAGCAGAAGAAGUGUCUUGUUUAGCGUGUUACUUUUGUGUACUGGGUUGAUUGCACAAUCAGGGAAGAUUUAAAAAUCUCUACAAAAUAGUGUCUCUGUUUCGUUUUGUUUUGUUGUAUCCUUUCUUCUUUCAACUUUGGAAUGGCCUAAGCCAAUCUUGGAAUUGAAUCCGCAAAGUAACCUCUGUUAAGUAGGCCAAAUUAAUGGUUACCGAACAAGGCUGAGUGCGUGCAUGAAAGUUGGAGUACUCUGUAUUUGAUAAGAGACUGAUCGGAUUCGGAGGGAUACAAAGAGCUUAACACGAUUUAAACUUCAAUUUGAUUUCAUCCGAU